UGUUCUAUGGUAAUUUGAAUAUUGAUUUAUCUUAACAUAUAAACACAUAGGUACUAGAGAAGUUACUACACCUGCUUACGUUAUUGAAGACAAUCAGGAGGAUGUGCACGAUAUGGAGGAAGUAUCUACACCUGUAGCCCACCUUAUUGAAGACAGUCAGGAAGACAUGCAAAACACAGAAUUGGAUACGUCGGUGGAAUCAUCAGAAGAGAAAAGUUAUGUAGACGAGGAACGAGCAAGCGCAUUUGGUUCAGAUGAUGAAUUUGAAAUGAUCGAUGGCCUUCCAGAGUCAACUCUUUACCAUGACGAUGCCCUUACCCCAGUAUUCUCCUGGAAGAAGAACGCUUUUAGUGCCGAAUGUUUGGUGAACAUCUUGUUGAAUGAGCACGAAAGUAGCACCCUCUGUGUCUCAACGCCAAUCAACAUAGCGCAUAAUGUAACUUUCUUGAUCGAUAACAGCAAGAUAAAAAUGAAAGAAGACAUCAAGUGUGACGACAUGGGUGUAUGGCUUCAUACGGGCUCCCCCAAGAAAUCAUUUAGGGUAUUGCGCAAAAAUUCUGGAAAAAUCAGCCAAAUAACGUCCGUAAUUUCAACGAGCGAUGAACUUACCCAAGGACAAGCACAAUUGGUUACACUGAAGCGGGUGUAUUACGUGAAUAAGUCGAGUGCGGAUUUGAGAAAGAUAAUUUCAACUCUAGAAGGUACAUUACUACGAGGAAAAGAACAUGUAGUGGAUGUUGACAUACCACACGGAAACUCACAAAAAAAUAGAGGGUACAAGCGCGUAAUGCCUAGUACAAGAAAAGCGCUGCAAACCCAACCAUCAAGCAAAAAAACGGCAAAAGAGAUCCUGGAUUCAGUCUAUCGCGAUGUCGGAGAUGUCACAAGAGCUCGAAGUAUUGGCGAACUUCCGAGAGGUCCAACUGACGUGUACAAUGCCAGGCAUGCGGCAAAGAGAGAACAGCGGAACAAGCCAACAAAGGAAGGGGGAAAGGAAGUAAAUACUAUAUGGGAGCUUUUAGAGACUGCAAAAAGAGAAGAAAAGGAUGGAAAAGAUUCAGUGUUCAUUCGAGAGUGCAGAAUUCAUCCAGACUUUCUAGUCGUCUUAGCCAGUGACCGUCAACUUCAAGACCUCAAGCAUUUCUGUACUAAUCCGCACGAAUUCUGUAUUUUCGGUGUUGACCCAACAUUCAAUAUUUUCGAGGAAAAUAUUAGCCUGACAGUUACAACUUACAGAAACCUAAAGCUCCACAAAGACGUGACAAAGAAAUCACCCGUCUUCAUUGGGCCAGUCCUUAUGCAUCAGCGUAAGGACUGGAAGACCUAUGCCAGAUUUGCCAAUUCCCUGAUAACCGAAUGUCCAGAGCUCGAAGGUCUGCUUGCAUGUGGAACGGACGGUGAACGGGCGUUGAUAGAUGGGUUGAAGCGCAACUUCCGUUUUGCAUUGUUUUUACGGUGUUUCAUACACUUCAAAGAUAACGUGAAACGACAAUUGAGUGAGCGUGGUUUGCCAUCAGAAAUCAAAUCGAAAUUCCUAAAUGAGAUAUUUGGAAAGCAAGAGGGGGACACAAAAUACGCUGGUCUGCUUGAUUGUGACACUGAAGAAGAGUUCGAUAACAAAUUAAUAGCAUUGCAAGGCGAGUGGGAGUCCAGAGAAAAAGAAGUCUACGGCACAUUGAAAACGACUAACACAUUCUACGAGUGGUUUCUUAAAGAGAAGGCGCGUGAUGGUAAAGAGUCCAUGUUGAAGUCCAUUCGAAUAGAAGCUGGUCUGGGCAAUCCACCACGAAAAUACACAAAUAAUGAUCCCGAAUCAGCAAAUUUUGUCAUUAAACACGGAUUGAAAUUUGAUGCGAAGAAACCUCAUGAGUUCGUUCAAGAAAUGAAGAACAUCAUUCAGAGGCAGUAUCGAGACGAAGAUCGCGCCGUGUUCGGAAAAGGUCCAUACGAGAUUCGGCCAGAAUUUCAGCACUUAACAGUGGAUGACAAGACAUGGAGCAGGCUUAACCAUGAACAGCUUAUGGCGAAAGUUGAGAAGUACAUCAAAAGUGGUAUGAAUGCCAAAAAAGUUGUGGCGAACAAAGAGGUAGAAGCUGAUAGCUCGGUCCAAGCGUCACUUUCGUGCACUAAUACACUUGCAAUAACAGCACAUGCAGGGCAGUGGUGUCACCACGGUCCCAAUGCCUAUACUUCAAGCUAUGUUCGAAAAAGCUAACCAACUUCUACGGAGACGCGA